CCGGAGCUGAGUAAGGACGGUGAGGCCCCGCCUACUAGCUCGGAAGGAGGCGUGGGCAUGGAGGCGGCUGGGGACGCCGAGCCCGGGGCUGGCGCCGCUGCCUAGGGCGCCCUGUGGGUUCCGUGGGGGGCACGGCCCGGUGCUGCGCGGAUGGCCCUGCUCCCGCGGCACGCGCUCGCCCUCGUCCUUCUCCUCUUCGUGCCUGCCGCUCUCAGGUGCCAGGAGCAGGCCCAGACUACCGACUGGCGGGCCACGCUGAAGACCAUCCGGAACGGCGUUCACAAGAUAGACACGUACCUGAACGCCGCCUUGGACCUCCUCGGAGGCGAGGAUGGGCUCUGCCAGUACAAGUGCAAUGACGGAUCUAAGCCUUUCCCACGUUAUGGUUAUAAACCCUCCCCGCCGAAUGGAUGUGGCUCUCCACUGUUUGGUGUUCACCUUAAUAUUGGCAUCCCUUCCCUGACAAAGUGCUGUAACCAACACGACAGGUGCUAUGAGACCUGCGGCAAGAGCAAGAAUGACUGCGAUGAGGAAUUCCAGUAUUGCCUCUCUAAGAUCUGCCGGGAUGUGCAGAAGACACUAGGACUGGCUCAGCAUGUUCAGGCCUGUGAAACCACAGUGGAGCUCUUGUUUGACAGUGUUAUACAUUUAGGCUGUAAACCAUAUCUGGACAGCCAACGAGCCGCAUGUAGGUGUCGCUACGAAGAGAAAAGUGAUCUUUAAAGAAGAUGCUGACAGUUGGUGACAGCAGAUAAGGACAGAAGAAUAUAGCCCUUGACAAAGAUCUACUGUUUUUAUACCAUAAAGCUGCCUUAUUUUUGUGAAAGAAUUAUUUUAAGACUUUAUUUUGACAUUAAAAGUACAAACUAAAGAAAGAUGUGGGGAGGUGAUCUUCCUGGAUGUUGCUGCCUUAUUGUACCGAAUUGUCUUGACCAGAAAGAGGUGCAUGUUAAGGGGAGAAUAUUUUAAAAGGAGUCUGUAUCUCAGUAUUCACAACUGUAUUUACCAAAACAAUGAGGUCAAAUGUAAAAUUGAUUACAAGGUAUGUUGAACAUAAUCUUAUGUGGAAAUAUGGGAAAAUCUUCACUUAGAAGUAUAUGUUUACUAUAACAUUUUAAAUAUACAUUUAUUCCUGGAAAGAUCUGACUUUAUUUUUUCUCUAUUUUAAUUAACACAUAAUAUGCUGUUUUCCUGUAGCCCAUCAAGCAUAUGAAUAAGUCUCACUUCUCUUAAUGAUAAGACUAGUUGCAAGGAUAAGUUUUCCAUGUCUUUUUUUCUUACAAAAUUGGAGCCAUCAACUGGUAGCCUCUUAGGGGGCAAAACCAGGGUAUCUAGGUAUUAUGUAAUGUGUCUAGAAGGUGACAUGAACAAAAUUCAGAAGCACAGCCACUCCCAUUUUAUGAACUGUUCAUAUGACAGACAUCAUAUUUUGCUAUAACCUUGGCGUAAAUUGAAGAAAAGGUGGAUUUAAUGAGACAAUUGAAAAGUUACUUCACAUACAGAUUAGAGCAUUAUAUGCUGCUAUGCUUUGGUGUUUUUUCCCUAGUACUUGGUCCUCUUACUAGAUUUAGGUUUAUUUUGAAAAGUCUGUAACCUUUUCCUAAUAAUGGUCUUAAUAAAUACUGUUCUUGAUACUUUUUUUUUUUAAGUCUUUAACUGUGGAAUCAAAAGGGAAGGUAAAGCAAGAUACAAAGAAUUAUCUUUUGUACCUUUUUUAUUUACAUUGAAAAUUAUUAGCAGAUGUUUAAAAGCAAAUUCCAGAACCUCAGCUGCCUCUGGAAAUGUCUGUACAUGUUGAAAGUUUCUCCUUUCCAAAGUUUCCUUUGGAAAGCGCAACUGUAUUCCUCUACUCUUUGCCUACCAUUAAUUGUUGGCUUUCCCUAGCCUAGGAUCCCAAGCCAUGGAUAGCUUUUGGGUAACCUAUAGCCAAAGUUACAAAGAUAAAAUGCUUAGAACAUCAGAAAGGACAGCUGCAGGAGAGGUGGUUCUCUUUAAGUCAUUACAGGCAAAGGGGCAGAGAAAAAAAUAUAUUCUGGGGAAAGGGCCACAUUCCUAACUUUGAAUAGGUAUUGUUGCUAAAAAUCUAGUAACUUCCCAAACUAAGAUGAUGGAGCUUUUCUGCUAAGAGAUGUGUCGUCUAUGGGACAAAGCAAGUGUAUCCUGGUGACUAAUUGAGCAAACUCAAUUAGUUUGAGUUUGGAACCUUAAUUGAUACUUUCAGACUUUUAAAAAGGUAACAGUUUUAUAAGCCAUUAUCCAUAUUUAAUCUUUCCCAGUAUUUACUGUUGAAAUAGUUGACCAGGUAACUUUAAACUUAGAAUAAAUUUGUGGAUUUUCUUGGCAGUAUUGUCUUCUCAAGAGGACAGACUCAGAAUUCUAUAAAAUAUUUAAUUUAUAGUUACAAAUUAUAUACAAAGAUCAGUGGAAGCUGGUUUUUUUUUUUUUUGGAAGCUGUUUUUAUGUGUUAAGAUUUUUAUCUUGGAAUAGUUUUAGAUUUACGUAAAAGUUGCAAAGAUAAAAACUUGCUAUAUACUCCUUAGCCCUAAUGUUAACAUUUUACAUAACCAUGAAACAUUUGUUAAGAAAUCAACAUUGGUAAUUGCUAUUAACUAAACUCUAGACUUCAUCUGGAUUGUAUUGUUUUUCCACUAAUGUCAUUUUUCUUUUCCAGGAUCCAGUCUAGGAUACCACAAUGCAUUUAGUCAUCAUGUCUGAUAAGCCUCUGGUCUGCGAUGGUUCCACAGGCUUGUUUUUCAAUAUCUUAACAGUUUUGAGGAGUACUGAUCAGGUAUAUUGUAGAAUGCCCCUCAAUUUGGGCUUGAAUGAUGUUUCCCUCAUAAUUGUACUAGGGUUAUAGAUAUUUAAGGAAAAAAAACAUAAAGUGUUCUUCUCAUCAAAUCAUAUCAGUAGUUGAAUGUUAUUAACUUGGUGUGUCAACUCUGAAAAUUUGCUUAAGGGUAGUGUCUGUCAGGUUUCUCCACUGUGAAGUUACUCUUUUUCCCUUUCCAUACUUCUGUUCUUUGGAAGCCAGGCCCCAAGUCAGUCUGUGGGAGGUGGAGUGUGGCAAGAUUCUGUUCUACUUGCUGGAAGGGGAAUAUCUUUAUAUAGUACUUGGGAUUUUUCUGUGAAAAGGAUUGGUCUCCUCACCCCUCCCAUUUAUUCAGUUACUUAUAUCAGUGUGGACUCAGGUAUAUUUCUUCAGACUUUUGGUAAUGUUUAUUUUAUUGCUUAAAUUAUUCCAGCUCGGCUAAUGGGAUUUAUGUCAGGUUGGCUCCUAUUUGUCUUUAAUGUGUCCCCAUCCUUUUGAUUUUUGAGCACUUCCAUAUUUCCUGGCAAGAAAGUAAGAAUGUUGCUCUGGGCUUGUCUUGUAUAGUUCCAGCGCUAGAAUUAGCCUCUUCUUCAGAGAGCACCGGUUCUUGUUAUUAGAGAAUGGUUUCUAGUGGAACUCAGAAACCAAUAUCUGGGUGCUGGACGCGCUCAUUGCUCUAGGGGUGUCACUGCUGCUAGACCCUCCUAGCAAACAGAGCUAGGAAAUAUGUAUGUGUAUUAACCUAUGUACAUGUACAAUCUUUAAUGUUUCUGUGUGUGUCUGUGUGUGUCUGUAUGUAUAUAUACACUAUAUAUAUAUAUAUAUAUAUAUAUAUAUAUAUAUAUAUAGCUGAAUGUGAGUUCUUACUGAUGUUUUCACUUGAAUCAUGUACCACAGAACAUGUAUUUAGAUUUUGAGAAUGGUAUUUUCCCUAUCCAUAGAAUAAAUUCAUAAAGAAAAAAAGAACAAGCAAAAAGAAAACCCCAAAACUAGCUUUUAGCAGCUCUCUGCAAGAAAUACAAUACUAAUAUUUUAAAAUAAAACUGUAUUGCCUUCAAAUAAU